GGCGUAAUUGUCAUUUCCAAAAUUUCACAGAGAGAAGAAGAAAGAGACCGAAUGGUUCAAACUCGAGAAAAAGUAGGAAGAGAGUAAAAAGCGAAACACAAAGUUAAUCGAAUCUGGUUUGGAACAAAAAUGGCGAAUCUACAUCCAUCUCUCUCAAUGGCCGGAGGAGCUCCGGCGAACAAAGAUCGAAACUUGGCCUCCGCAGAGCAGUUGGUUCUCGAUCUCAGCAAUCCCGAACUCAGAGAGAAUGCUCUCCUCGAGCUUUCCAAGAAAAGAGAACUGUUUCAGGAUCUGGCUCCUCUCUUGUGGAACUCUUUUGGUACCAUUGCUGCUUUGUUGCAGGAGAUAGUUUCGAUCUACUCUGUUCUUGCACCUCCAAAUCUUACUCCUGCUCAGUCCAACCGUGUUUGCAAUUCACUUGCCCUACUUCAGUGUGUAGCGUCUCAUUCCGACACCAGAAUGUUAUUCCUCAAGGCUCACAUCCCAUUGUACCUUUACCCCUUCCUUAAUACAACCAGCAAGUCCAGACCUUUCGAGUACUUGCGCCUUACUAGCUUAGGUGUCAUUGGUGCACUUGUCAAGGUUGAUGAUACAGAGGUCAUUAGCUUCCUUCUUUCAACCGAAAUUAUUCCUCUCUGCCUUCGCACCAUGGAGAUGGGGAGUGAGCUGUCCAAAACUGUUGCAACAUUCAUAGUUCAGAAGAUCUUGUUGGAUGAUGUAGGGAUGGAUUACAUCUGCACAACAGCAGAGCGGUUUUUUGCUGUUGGCCGAGUGUUGGGCAAUAUGGUUCAGUCGCUAGUGGAGCAGCCUUCUCCACGCCUUCUGAAGCAUAUCAUUCGUUGUUACCUCCGUUUAUCAGACAACCCAAGGGCUUGUGCUGCACUCGGAAGCUGCCUCCCUGACUCUCUACGAGAUGGAACCUUCAGCAAUUGUCUUCGCGAGGAUCAAAUAGCAAGGAGGUGGCUGCAACAGUUGGUUCACAAUGUUGGAGUUGGGCGAGUCCCAACACAUCAAGGUGGAGGAUUUGAGCACAUGCUUUGAUCUGAAUGCAUCUCAGCCUAUCCUUUGGAGUGUUUUUUUCGUUUCGAAUUUAUUUUUGUGCUUUUGAUGCCUUUGACUUAGAUGACGAUGAGUUAUAGGCUUUUAAUCUGUUUGAUAUUCUUAUUGUAAUUAUUUUAUUAAACAUCAGAAUGCGCUCGAUAAUAAAAGGAAUGUUUACAAAUAA